AGGGGCGGCGGACAAUGGCUCACAAAGAUGAAGAGUAAAUUGGCAUGUUAUUGUCGACACAACUAUGGCGCAGAUAAUCAAUUUCUUUUCUUUUUCGAUAAGGAGGACGAUAAUCAAGUUCUUAUCCUUUGUUAAUCGUUUCGUUUUUUGUUAUAUUCGGCAACUAUACUACUUGUAGCCUGUGGGCUUUGCAGUAGUUCUUCCUUCCUCUCCUCCACAUACCCACUUCGUUGACCUCCUAUUUCAUCAUUUCAUUUCCGCCCAUCACUAUUCAGGCAAUCACCGGCAAACAGGGAGCUAGGCCGUCCCGUCGCGCCAGGGUAGUAUGCAGCCACGCAACCGCCCCAUGAUCCACCGCCGGCUCUUGGGCACGUCAACCUCGGCACCGGCGACCGACCGAGCAGCUCAGGAGCAUGGCUCAUCAAGCCCGAACGCGAUGAAGAUCAUGGUAUCCGUGAUGGUGGUGGUCAUCUUCUGCACACUCUUCUACUGCAUCUACUGCUGGCGAUGGCGGAAGCGCAACGCCGUCAGAAGAACUGAGGCCCAGAGCCUGCAGCGGAUGUCGAGCUCGGAACUGCCGCUCAUGGACCUCGCCUCCAUCCACGUCGCCACCAGCAACUUCUCCACCGCCAACAAGCUCGGCGAGGGUGGCUUCGGCCCUGUCUACAGAGGUGUGCUGGCCGGCGGCGCAGAGAUCGCGGUGAAGCGGCUGUCAGAGCGGUCGCGGCAGGGCGCGGCGGAGUUCAGGAACGAGGUGGAGCUGAUCGCCAAGCUUCAGCACCGCAACCUGGUGCGGCUGCUGGGCUGGUGCGCCGAGGGCGACGAGAAGCUGCUUGUGUACGAGUACCUCCCCAACCGCAGCCUCGACGCCUUCCUUUUCGACAGCAGCAUGAGUGCCAAGCUGGACUGGAAUACCCGGCACAACAUCAUCCUCGGCAUUGCCCGUGGGCUGCUCUACCUCCAUGAAGACUCGCUGCUCAAGGUCGUUCACAGGGACCUCAAAGCCAGCAACGUGCUCCUCGACAACAAGAUGAACCCCAAGAUCUCCGACUUCGGCCUGGCUAGGAUUUUCAAGGAGGAGUGCAACGCGGUGAACACGGGACGCGUCGUCGGAACCUAUGGAUACAUGGCCCCGGAGUUCGUGAUGGAGGGCGUCUUCUCGGUGAAGUCGGACGUGUUCGGCUUCGGGGUCCUCCUGCUAGAGAUCCUGAGUGGGCAGCGGAACGGCAUAGGCUACCUCGAGGAACACCAGCAAUCCCUCAUCCAAGACGCGUGGACUCUGUGGGUUGAAGAUAAGGCAGGUGAGUUCAUGGACCGGGCGCCGGGGCUAUCAUGCUCGGACGACGAGGCAUGGCGUUGCUUCCAAGUCGGCCUCCUCUGCGUGCAAGAUGACCCCGACGAUCGGCCGACCAUGUCCAGCGUGCUGCACAUGCUCGUCAGUGACAAUAUGAGCCUGCCUACACCGUCUAGGCCGAUGAGGAACGUCCCGAUGUCAGGGCCAUCAUCCGCGCGGAAGAGGAGCGACCCAUCCUUGCCCCUCAAGUCGAUCAACUACGCCUCGAUCACAGCCGUCCAGCCGCGAUGAGGUUCCUGCUCAGAAUUUCUAUGCACAUAUACUUGCUAAUAGUCUAAUUCUGUCAGGACUUUUUACCGUGUUUUAUCAUCGUUUUAUAUCGGACUGCAUGUAAGCAAGUCGCCUCAGUUUUAUCCAAAACAAAAGCAAGUUGCAUAAGUGAUACCACUUUGCUCCAUUCA